ACCUUUUAAAUGCCCUUAAAAUUAAUAUCUUACUAAACAAUUUUCAAAAUACAUCCUCACAUCACGGAGAAAUACCACACACUUACCAUCUUAACUUUGGGUUUACGCAAAUGCAUCUCAAAUUUGACAAAUGUUUCAAUGUAAAAGCUUCGAAUCUCCAGGUGACUGCUCCAGGGGACAGCCCUAAUACGGAUGGAAUUCAUGUCACCGAGACGAAGAAUAUUAAGAUUCUGAACUCUGUCAUCAGGACAGGUGAUGACUGUAUUUCCAUAGUCAGUGGCUCAAAAAAUGUUCGUGCCAUUGGUAUAACCUGUGGACCGGGGCACGGGAUAAGUAUUGGAAGUUUAGGGGCUGGGAAUUCGGCUGGCUAUGUGUCAAAUGUUCUGGUAGACAAACUUCGUAGUCCAACACCGUUGAAGUCCUCAGCUGCUUCUACACCUGAAAAUCCCGAGAGUGUUUCCUCGAGUAUUUCCUCGAGGCAAUUCGUAUGUGGUAACAAACAUUGCAAUGAAAAAGAUGGUUUAGCAAGCUAUGAGAAUUUCAUAAUGGAAUCCAGAACAAAUGAACAGAAACCAAAGUUCAAAAGAAUAUGUGUAUUUUGUGGCAGCAGGGCUGGAUACAAGGCUUCAUUCAGUGAUGCAGCUCUUGAGCUUGGUAAACAGCUGGUGGAGAAAAAGAUUGAUUUAGUGUAUGGAGGAGGAAGUAUAGGACUGAAAGGUUUGAUCUCUAUGACUGUCUUCAAUGGAGGUUGCCAUGUUCUUGGAGUGAUUCCUAAAGCUCUUCUGUCCCAUGAGAUAUCAGAAACUAAUGGAGAAGUGAAAAUAGUUGAAGAUAUGCACCAAAUGAAGUCAGAAAUGUCGAAACAUGCUGAUGCUUUUAUUGCACUUCCUGGUGGUUAUGGAACCAUGGAAGAGCUUUUAGAGAUAAUAGCGUGGGCUCAGUUAGGAAUUCAUGAUAAACCAGUGGGAUUGUUGAACGUUGAUGGCUAUUACAACAGUUUGCUUUCCUUAUUUGACAAAGGAGUGGAGGAAGGUUUCAUACAAGGUUCUGAAAGAAACAUAGUGGUUAUAGCAGAUACAGCGGCAGAGCUCCUCAGGAAGAUGGAGGAGUAUGCACCAGUACAUGAAAAGGUUGCUCCCAAACAAUGUUGGGAAGUGGACCAAUUAUUGGAGUCUACAAGUAGGGAAACCCUAACAUCUUAGAUAUUUAAUCAACCAUCAAGGUUUUAUGUGUAUCAUAUGUUUUACUGUUACUACCAUUUCAAUCAAAAUGAAAAGGACAACUCCCUACUUGGUUGACUGAAGGUUUGCUCCUAACUUUUUCCAAUGAAUUCUCUAAUCUUAA